AUGAUAAUAUGUGGCUUGAAAUUAGUUAUUGGGAAACAAGAAGGUUUCAUAGUCGGAGGUGAUUAUGUUGAUUCUGUCAAAGAUUUCCCUCACGUCGCUGCUUUGUCGACAAUUUAUAGUGAGGGAGAAGAUGAGGAGAGAGGGGAGGAUUUUUGUGGAUCGUCCAUACUGAGCCAAAAUAUUUUGUUAACUGCUGCCCACUGCCUUGAUAACGUCGUGAAAGUAACAGCAUUUGUAGGAAGCUUAGACUGGAAGAGGGGAAAACUACACCGCAUUGACCGCUACCAGCAGCACAAACAAUGGGGUAUAAACACUAUCGGUAAUGACAUAGGCUUAGUUAGGCUGAAGAAACCGUUGUCAUUCGGGAAGACAGUCAAGAGAGUGAUAUUAAUGAAGAAACCGCCAAAAGCAAAAACAGCUGAAUUGACUGGUUGGGGCGCAACUGACGUAGUGGACCGCAAUCAGUACAAUCUACUUAAGCACACAAAACUAAGGCUGUGGACUCUUGAAGAGUGCAGAAAAGUCUUGACCAUGGCACCCAACGGAACCAUUUGCGGCGGCGAGAAAAAAGCCAAGAAAAAUUUCGCUUAUUAUGGAGAUUCCGGCAGUGGACUACUAGUUAACAAAAAUAUAAUUAUCGGUAUAGUCUCCUUUGGAAACCAAGCAGCUGCGCGCAGUCUGGGGGUGUACACGGACGUCUCAUACUUCUACGAUUGGAUUUUGGUCCAAUCGAGACGAUUAGCAUGCUCUCCAUAAAGAAGAA